GACCACUCAUGAAUUCCGACAAGUUUCCAGAAAGAAGUUAAUCGCUCACCAUUCACGAAAGACACGUGUCCGAUAUCUAGUUCAUCCAGGUCCAGUUACAAUUCAGACAAUUUCGAGAACCAAAUAGAAUUCCGAUGCCCAUGUGGUUUUUACGAAUGUGAAACAAGAUGACACAAGCGAGACAGUUUACAGGUUGUGCUCAAGAUUAUCUUAAUUGGUUUAGUCUAGGAAAUGAACCUGCACAGGUGGUGUUACCAGAUACUCAAACAAAUGGUGAGGGUCUACCAUCCAAUGAGAAAGAACCAAGAUUGCCUCCAUUACAAGAUUAUCUUUGUCGUGAUUUGGGCAGAUUAUAUGUGGAGCAGUACCAGGCAGAACUGGUGGAGGAUUAUAAGUCUCAGAGAAAUUUGGGAAGCACUGCCAUUUGCAGCAAGAGAAGAGAAACAAUGGAUGAUAUAGAAGAAGUUUCAAAAGCAGAAAGUCAUGCUGAAUUUGAUGAAGACGGACAGAAUAGGAAGACCCAAGUAUAUUUGCAUUACGAUUUUUCAUUUGACAAGAGGGACACCAACCUGCCCAUUUUUAAAUACCAAAAAGAAAUAUUGGAGAAAAUAGAAAACUAUCAAGUGAUUGUAAUUGAAGGGGAAACAGGCUGUGGAAAGUCUACACAAGUACCUCAGUUCAUUUUAGAUGAUGCAAGAGAAAACCUUAAGCACUGUAGUAUUGUUGUUACACAGCCACGGAAAAUUGCUGCAACGUCAUUGGCUCAUCGAGUUUGCAAGGAAAGAAACUGGAAAAUAGGAAAGAUUGUAGGAUAUCAAGUUGGUUUAGAUAAAUGCACUGAUGCAGAUACAUGUUUGGCUUUUGUAACAACAGAGGUCUUGGUACAAAAACUGAUUCACAAGCGCAGUUUGAAUUCUUUUACGCAUAUAAUAUUGGAUGAAGUCCAUGAAAGAGAUCAGCAUACAGAUUUUGCUCUGUUGGUUGUGAAAAAACUACUGCAUUCAGUUUCUAACAAUGUUAAGGUAAUUCUGAUGUCUGCAACUAUUGAUGCAUUAAAGUUUGCCCAGUAUUUUGCAACUCCUGUAAAGAACCACAUGAUCCCUGCACCAAUAGUGUCAGUUAGUGAUGCCACAGUACAUAGGAUUCAAAUAUUUUACUUGGAUUCACUAUCAGUAAUUUGCAAAGAGAAGCCAAACCUUUUGCCUCAACUGCCUGAAGUUAAUCCUGAUGACCCAUGGAUUGCCAAUGAAAUGUAUAUAUUAGUAAAUGAAAUGGUCAAGUGUUUUGAUGUAAUUGAAAGAGGAGACAACAACAAUGAAAGUAUUACAGAGUUUACUCUUAAUCGAGGAGCUGUUCUUAUCUUUUUGCCUGGACUUUUGGAAAUUGAACAACUUAUCAGCUGUAUGGAGAAGGAUAAGGCAAGAUAUCAAUGGGAUCUGUAUCCUCUUCAUUCAUCUAUUACACAAGAAGAACAACAGAAGGUGUUUUGUAUUUCACGACCAACAUUCCGGAAAAUAAUUUUGUCAACCAACAUAGCUGAGAGUUCAAUAACCGUUCCAGAUAUUAAAUACGUUGUGGAUUUUUGCUUGACAAAAAUCUUGACAUGUGAUGUGAUGACUAACUACACAUCCCUAAAAUUAGCGUGGGCAUCCAAAGCAUCCUGUAAACAACGUGCCGGUAGAUCUGGAAGAGUUUCAGAUGGAAGAGUAUACCGCCUUGUCCCACGUGGGUUCUUUGAGACACUGCCUUCGUAUGCAACUCCAGAACUUUGCCGGACUCCCCUGAGUCAUGUAGUGUUGAAGACCAAGAUACUUGAUAUGGGAGAACCAAGAGCCCUUUUAGCAUUAGCCAUUGAUCCUCCAAAUUUAGCAGACAUAAAUCGGACAAUAUUAGUCCUCAAACAGAUGGGAGCUUUAGCCAUAAAAUCCAAAGGUAGAGAAUGUUGUUUGGAUGGUGACUUAACAUAUCUUGGGAAAGUGAUAGCCAUGCUACCAGUAGACCCUCAUCUUGCAAAAUUGAUAGUAAUGGGACACCUGUUUGGAUGUCAGAGAGAAGCAAUUAUUAUUGCUGCUGGGCUGUCGCUGAAGAGUUUUCAUGCACGUCCAUUUCAAGAUGAGCUCAAUGCUUUCCUAUCCAAAGUGUCUUGGGCUUAUGGAUCAUUCUCAGAUUGUCUAGCUCUGCUCAAUGCCUAUGAUCUUUGGCAAAGCAUGCAGCUUCGAGGGGAGUUCCUGCGUCCUGGUGCUUGCCGAGAGAAAGAAUGGGCAAAACACAGCUAUAUAGAACAGAACACUAUUAGAGAAGUUCACAAGUUGGUGCAAGAAUUACAAGGUCGCCUUGAGAAAAUGAAGAUUUGUGUAUUUAGUGCUGAAAACUAUCCCAAAAGUGAUCAGUCUACCAUCUUGAAACUUUGUAUGGCCAGUGCUUUCUUCCCAUACUAUUACAAACGGAAUAUCACUGAUGACUAUGAGAAAGAGAUGAACCGUGAACUAAGUGGCCAUGACCCUUUUACUACGGUGGUUGUGAGUGGUCUGCCUUCUGAGACCAAUAUUCUCUAUGAUGACCAGAUUAGGAGUUUGUUCUGGAACUGCUCCCAAAACUUGAAAAUCAGUUAUGAAGGCUCCAAGGCCUAUAUCCAGUUCCCUAGAACUAGGAGUGCAGUUAACAAGGAAGAGCACUUUCAAGACAUCCCAGGAGAGUGCCCAACAGCCAUGCACCUUGCUUUGAAAAUGCGGCAGAUACCAAGAAUACAAAAGGACUUUGUACUAAAACUAUAUAGUUCAGAUGAUGGUCGAGCUAAGAUGGCAGAGAUACUUGGUGGAAUUGUUGACUCAAACCAAGGAGAAGAAAGUCAGGAAAGUAUGGCAGGAAAAAAUAUCUUGGGUAGAGGUCGUUUGAGAUUUAUAAAACCCAAUGAGUGUACCUUGAGGCCGCCUGUUAUGCCCUCACCUGCUAACCAUGUUUGGAGAAUUCAUGUUACUCAUGUUGAGAAUGCAGCGUGUUUCUGGGCUAUAUCAAAUGAAAUCCAUGCUCUUAAGAAUUUAAGCUUUAUACAGACAUGUAUAAGUUCUGCAAUUUCCCAGAAUAAAGCACUUUUCUUGGACCUAGAUGACAUUGUUGUAGGGCAGAUUUGUUUGGCUCCUUACAGAGAUUUGGAGGGCAUUUGUAGUUUCUACAGAGCAAGGAUAGAUGAGGUCCUCAAAACCCGCGAAGAUGUGAAAGUUGUGGUUUACUUUGUUGAUUAUGGAAAUGUUGAGACGGUCAAGGCAUCAGAACUAAGAAUUAUCCCAAAAAGCAUUCAAAAUGUUCCAAUGUUGGCAAUUGAGUGUAUGUUGGCAGAAGUUAAACCAAUAUCAAAGUCUACAACAGCAGUUUGGGAUGAGAGAGCUAAUAUAUGGCUCAGAAACAGGACUCUUAAUCAAAGUUUUAUUGCACAGAUAUACAGCGUUGUUCAUGGAGUAGUGCGUAUGCAUCUUCUCCCUCCUGAUGGAAGAGCUGAAGAAUCCAUAAAUGAAAUGCUUAUUCGUAUGGGAUAUGCUGUGCAUGCUGAAGAAUUUUAUCUUUCAAAGCAAAAUCAUCAGCUGCGUGCCAUUUAUAGCAGAGAAUUUGAUAACUUCUUUGUUGAUGACAGCAGUUCUGUAUCGUGUUCUGCAUAUUCAUUUAAUUCGAAAAACCUCAAUUACUCAAGGUCAAAGGUUCAGCUUAAGGGGCCAGAUUCACCAUUGCUCUUACGGUUUGUGGCUUUAACCAGAGCUGGACAUGCCAAAGGAGUCAGAAUAGAACCAUUGUCUGUGAAUUCUACAGCUUUGGAUUUAGAACCACAGAAUAAAUAUGACAGGUUUCUUAUUGCAUCUUUUGUUUCCCUGAAUCCAUCUGAAGUGAAUGUUACACUCCGUAACACAACUUUGAUGCCAUCCAUUCCUGGCCUGAUGGCAGUGUGUCUCCUCCUGUUUUGUCCAACAGCUGAGCUAAGAGUCAGCAAAGAUGGCACCCACUAUACUGGAGCAUUGAUUGGAGUUGGUGCAGAUUCCCGAACCAGAAGUUCUUUGUAUCCUGAAGAAGAUAUUGAAAUUGCCUUUGAUGUUGAUUUGACUGAAGAUGAUCUGUUGAUGAUAAAUCAAGUUCGCUUCCUAAUGAACAUAAUGAUUGAUGAAGGGGAAGAAAUGCCUGCUGACAAGCAAUUAGGACUUCAGAAGAAACUAAGGCUUCUUGUAUUUCGGUUGCUGGAGAAAAAACGUGAAUUUAAAGAACCUGAGGCUUACCUUAAUGCAUAUUGCUGGAAGAUGAUUUCAGAGGAUCUACUCAAACCGGAUGAUAAAGGAUGUUAUAAUAAUCCACGAGCUGUAGUAUUUCCCUUGCAUAAUGGAAUUAUAUUGCAAAAAGAGUUAGCCAACAACAAACUAAGAGAAGAUCUUUUGGAACUAAAAUCCUUAGUGAGAAGAUUGGGAGCAGAAGGAACACCAGUCGUUAAAGCUGUCAAUGUUGAGUGCACUCUUUGUGAAAUGUUCUUGAAAACCUUUGGUAACUUAAAGGCACAUCUAGCUUCAAGUUUUCAUUUUGAGAAUGAGAUGAAAAUAUUUAACUGUGGUGUGUAAUUAACUUUUCAUUUUUUUUCCCUGGAGAUACUAAAAUUUUGUGCUGUAUUUCCAGGUGACUACACUGCCAUGUUAGUUCAGAUCUCUGUGAAUAUGGCUUCAGUUAUUUUAUUAUGAUUUAUCCCAUAUGCGUACAUUUAAUUUUUAUUUUACUAUAAGUAGUUGACUAAUUUGUGUACUGCAAAAACUGCAGUUGACUUUUUGAGUAUAAGUUUUUGAAGUUAUUUGUAUCAUGAUAUGUAUCUAGCAGAAAGGGUUAAGUAAUUUUUGUUUUUCCCUGUAUUAAGUCUAGCACUUACUACUGGAUGAAAUUUUAAUUGUAACCAUUAAGAAAAUCCAUUUCACUUUGUCAAGAACCCUUAGAUAUGAACAGAAUUAAAAAUAAAUUAGACUAAAGCCUCCAAA